CCGCUGCCCGCUAUUUACCUGGUUGUAACUUGGAGUCAGGACCCGAGGACGUGCUUCCCGGGUUUGGGCAUCAGAUGUAAGGCCCGGGGGAGCAUCAAUGACAGGACAGGGAAUGUAUAGCAUUCGGCAAAAGGCUUAAUUAAGAGCUUCCGGUUUGAAUAUCUCUACAGAGGCCUGCAAAGUCACGCUGUGGGUUGACUGGGCGAUUAACUUAUUUUUUUGGUACGACCUGUCCCGGAGACUCAGGGCCAGCAGCAAAUUUACAAACCGCCAGAUGCCUCAGUUAAAACGGCUGUAAGAAUCCUGGUGGACCGCGUCCUAGCCAGAGCCUCGCGCAUGCGCCAGAGUCACUGCGCGAGUGCACGCAUGCGCGCACCGGAGCCACUGCGCAUGCGCACGCGCAGACCCACGGCGCAUGCGUGUACGUCAGUGCCACGGCGCAAGAAUGCACGCCAGGGCCCUGCCCCCUACACUUGGUAAUCAUGGCAUCCUGUUUGGUACCCUUUCCGGACGCCGAAAACCAGAAUCCAGGCUCUCCAUGGGAAGACGCUUCAAGAGCGCCACAGGUUUUGCCAUCCGGGAUGGUAUACCUGUGGGCUGCACAGUGCAUCGAGCUCGCGUCAUCCUACUCCGAGGAGGGAUGACAUCGUGAUGCCCAUGCAGAGAGGCACUAUUUGAUUCUGGAAGACCACCCCCUUUCUGACUCUCAGCAUCUUGGCUCUGUUCCAGGUGGGGAUCCUCCGGACUGUCCUAUCAGAUUUUCAGUUUAGAUCUUGGCGGCAUAUCAACUGUGGUUCUAAAUGGCUAUGAUAUAGUGAAGGAAUGCCUUGUUUAUCAAAGCGAAGUUUUUGCAGAUCGACCCUGUCUUCCUUUAUUUGUGAAGAUGACAAAAAUGGGAGGCCUACUCAAUUCCAGGUAUGGUCGAGGAUGGGUUGAUCAUCGAAGAUUAGCUGUAAAUAGCUUUCGCUAUUUUGGAUAUGGUCAAAAGUCUUUUGAAUCUAAAAUCUUAGAAGAAACCAAAUUUUUCAUCGAUGCUGUUGAAACAUACAAAGGUAGACCAUUUGACUUAAAGCAAUUAAUAACCAGUGCUGUUUCAAACAUAACCAACCUGAUUCUUUUUGGUGAACGAUUCAGUUAUGAAGACACUGAUUUUCAGCAUAUGAUCGAGUUAUUUAGUGAAAAUGUGGAACUUGCUGCCAGUGCCUCUGUGUUCCUGUAUAAUGCCUUUCCGUGGAUUGGCAUCUUACCUUUUGGAAAACAUCAACAGCUGUUUAGAAAUGCAGCUGUUGUCUAUGAUUUUCUCUCUGGACUUAUUGAAAAAGCGUCUAUCAACCGAAAACCUCAGUUACCUCAGCAUUUUGUUGAUGCUUAUUUAGAUGAGAUGGAUCAAAGUAAAAAUGACCCAUCAUCUACUUUCUCCAAAGAAAACCUAAUUUUCUCUGUGGGUGAACUCAUCAUUGCUGGAACUGAAACUACAACAAAUGUACUGCGGUGGGCAAUUCUUUUCAUGGCCCUUUAUCCUAAUAUUCAAGGACAAGUUCAGAAAGAGAUUGAUUUAAUUAUGGGUCCAAGUGGGAAGCCUUCCUGGGACGACAAAUGUAAAAUGCCUUAUACUGAGGCAGUUUUGCAUGAAGUUUUAAGAUUCUGUAAUAUAGUGCCUCUAGGUAUUUUUCAUGCAACCUCUGAAGAUGCAGUUGUUCGUGGUUAUUCCAUUCCUAAGGGUACAACAGUAAUCACAAAUCUUUAUGCUGUACACUUUGAUGAAAAAUACUGGAAAGACCCAGAAAUAUUCUAUCCUGAGCGAUUUCUGAACAGCAGUGGAUGUUUUACCAAAAAGGAAGCUUUGGUACCUUUUUCCCUAGGGAGAAGACAUUGUCUUGGAGAACAGCUUGCGCGGAUGGAAAUGUUCUUGUUUCUCACAACAUUGCUUCAGCGAUUUCACUUGCAUUUCCCUAAUGAACUGGUUCCAAAUCUGAAGCCCAGGUUAGGCAUGACAUUGCAACCCCAGCCCUACCUCAUCUGUGUUGAAAGACGAUGAAAGUUUAUGGAUAUUUUGUGAAUUAAGGCUAUAUAUUUGCCUUACCCAUGAACCUUGUUUAAUCUAAUUAAUAUUUGUGUUAAGACUGAACUCACAAGACUCAUGCAGCCAAAUGAACACGUGUCUUUAAAAACAGGACUACAGCAAUAACAAGCAUUGCCUGUGCUCUUUCCCACAACUUUCUAUGACCUCUGAAGUAGAAUUGUCUGAAAGAAAACAAAGGUAGAGAUGACAACUGUUGCUUAGGGUAUUAAAAAGGGUCCAUGAAUGCCCUAAGCAGAGCCUGACAUUUUGGCCUCUUUUUUGAUCCUUUACCCUUUUGAUCCUUCAUGCAUUUUGCUUCUGCCCUGGGUAUUCUGUUCUAGUUAUUAAUAUCCAGCACCCUCUGUUUGGGUAUUAACACUAAUAGAUUGUGUGGUACUCAUCCACCUUAAUAGAAAAGUGAAAUAAUUUGGACCCAAAUAAAUUAUUUAGAUAUGGUGGUAAUGAUAGAAAAAAAUAUCUAAAGUGAGCCUACAGGAGCUUUCAAAUCUGGCUUUCUAUUGUCUAUUGUGUCAUAAAAGUUAUGUUACUAUUCCUAUAAAUAAAGUCCCUUUGACCCAUGAGCAUCUAUCCUCCAAAAGAUAGUAAAUAAAAUAUUAUAAUAAUAUAUUUGAAAUUAAAAUGACACAAGAUUGCUAAUUUUUUAGACACAGACAUUUCUACUUUCCCCCAAAUCAGUCAUAGGGCUUCAAGAGUGAAUCAUUUUAUCUUCUAGAGAUUUCUAGACAUACCCUUUUAUUACUGUUAUUUUUCUAUCUUUAGUUAUUUCUAUUAUCUCUAAUACUAUUCAAAACAAUAUGCUUUAGUGUCAGGGCAACUAUAUGCUGGCAUACUUAAGCAAGACGAUGUACUAUUAAUAUUAAUGCUAGGAAAACAAGUAUAAACAGUGACUGCCCUGAGCAAACUGGUCAAUAUAUUUGCCCAUUUAUAGAUUUUCUUCUACACUGUUGCCUCUGAAGUUGUACAUCAAAGGUUCAUGGUCUUUCGACUUAGUUUAUGAAUAGUUUCAGCCUCAGGAGUAAAUAUACAUAAUGGAUUUGAUCUUAAUUUGACUCCAUUGUUAAAUAUUUUCAAGUUUCUUUGGAUAAAUCAGCACCUUAAAAAAAUUAAGCACUGUGUCUUACAAUACUGUUAAUGAUAGGUUUCAUACAUAAAUUGGUUCCAAUACCACACUCUGACCAAGGCUCUUUAAAUCAACACUCUGCAUAUCUGAAAUAUUCCCAAAUGCUAUGCUAUCCAUUAAUACUAUUGGAUUAUGGUUCAUCUAGUUCUAAUAGUGACAGUGAUGUAAUUUACUUCCCCAAAAGUGUAUGUACUCCAUUGGGGUGGAGUUAUCUUAAACAAAAAUAAGGACUGUUAUAAAGAGAGGAGAAACUCCCAACAAGACCCAUUACUGUAUUUGUCUCACUGUCCCCUGACCACUUCCUGUAAGCAAAUGAUAAGACCAUCUAAUCUAUCACCUUGACUCUCAACAAAUUGAAGUUGUUUCUUCAUAUUUACUCUUUCUUAGAUCCAGAAAAACUCCUUCUUAUUGCCAUGUUGCCUAUAAAUGUCUAAGUUGAAUUCUGUAGACUUAUCCAGAGGUUCGGUUGUCUUUUUCAGCAAAAUAAUGUAUUUUGACACGUAAAAUAUAGUAAAAAAUGGGAAGCCCUAAUUUUGUUCAGGAAUACACCUAACUUUUAGGAUGAUUAAGAACUCCACAAACCUAUGCAAACUGGGGAAAAUGCUAUUUAUUUAUUUACCUUGUAUCUAAGGAAGUAUUUUUCCUCCUUAAGUUAAUGUCAACCUGACAAAAAUUUUAAAAUGUAGACUCAGACUGUUUCAGGAAAACUUUCAUCUUAGUAUGCUCAUGUUACAGCCCAGAGAAUAGGGAACCAGACAGGGAAAGUGAUGACUAUAGUUCACAACAAAAACAUUGUUUUAAAUUUCAUACUCUUAUAGGGUGAGAGAGUAAGUAAAACAGAGAGGACACUUGGCUUGCAUGUGGCUCAUCCAGGUUUGAUUUCCAGCACCACAUGUGGUCUCCUGUGCCCUGCCACAAAUGAUCUGUGACACAGAGUCAGGGGUAAGGCCUGAGCACCUGGAUUGGUAACCAUUCAUUUGUUCUGAAUUUGAACCUAAAGUUCUCUGUCAUCUAAACUUAGUCAGGUAUAAGGAUAGAUUUCAAUCAAUGGAGUGAUGAUUUGGUAUAUCAGAAAGGGUAGUAUAGAGAACUGAAUAUGUUUAACUAGAUCUAAUAUUACAACAAAAUGGAAUAAGUGGGAUAGAAUAUUUAAAUAUUUUGUACUCUGAGAAUGCAGAAAUAAAGUAUCCAACAAAAAAUGUAAGGUGAUAAAGGGUAAAAUGUAGGAAAAAAUUAUGUUUAACAGAAGGCAGGGAAUAUAAAACAAAUUCAAAUAGUAGAAGCUUAUGCAUAUUUAAGAGUAUAAACAUGAAGGGUAAAAAUCUUAAAUAGCCAAACCAAUCUGAAAAAUGAAAGAACAAAAAUGGAAGUGUAAGGUCCCUGAGUUAGAAAUAUACUUUAUUGAAAUAAUUUUUAUCAAAAUCCUGGAGCUAGAGAGAUAGUACAGCAGGGAAGGUUUGCAUGCUGUAUAAUCUGCAUUUGUUCCUAGGCACUUCAUAUGGACACUUGAGCACAGAGCCAAGAGGCCCAAAACGAGAGAUAAAUGAAAUAAUAGCUAUUGAAAUAAAAAUGACAUAGAGAUGAAAAUACA